GACGCUGCGGCUCUACAGUCACCCUGAAGCCGGGUGUGCCGCUAAUCUGUUCCGAAGUGAUUGAGCAGCGCGGAGGUCUGGCCCAAGCCGAGCUUUUCCCAUCUCCCGACGGCGUCUGGCCCUACCCUGCUCGUCUCUCUCCCCCUGUGCCAUGGGCUCCUGCCCGUGGCCGCGUCACUGAAUCCCGAAAUCCAGCCCUGACCAUGAACCCGGCGGCGAUGCCUCCGCUGCUUAGCUGCGGCCUGUCUGAGCCCAACCCCGUCACCCUGGCGCUGCGGAACGACUUGGGCUCCAACAUCAGCCACCUCAAGACCCUCAACCUGCGCUUCCGCUGCUUCCUGGCCAAGGUCCAUGAGCUGGAGCGGCGCAACAAGCUGCUGGAGAAGCAGCUGCAGGCGGCCCAGGGGCCGCGAAGGACCCGGUUGGGCCGCACCCGGGCCGUAGCCACUCAGACCCGGCUGGACUACUGCACCGGCUACAGUUACUCGGUCGGAGGCUACGGUUACACGCCCGGUGCCGGCUCUAGUUUCACCCCCGGCUCGGCUUACACUCCCGGUGCCGGCUCGGCUUACACUCCCGGUGCCGGCUUCUCCCCCAGUACCGGCUCCGGUUACACUCCCGGUUCCGGUUACACCCCCGGUGCCGGCUCCGCUUACACUCCCGGUGCCGGCUCCGCUUACACUCCCGGUGCCGGCUCCGCUUACACUCCCGGCUCCGCUUACACUCCCGGUGCCGGCUUCUCCCCCGGUGCCGGCUCCGUUUACACUCCCGGCUCCGCUUACACUCCCGGUGCCGGCUUCUCCUCCAGUACCGGCUCGGUUUACACCCCUGGCGCCGGCUUCUCCCCCAGUACCGGCUCCGGUUACACGCCCGGUACCAGCUCCGGUUCCGCUUACACGCCUGGUGUCGGUUACACUCCCGGCGCCGGCUCCACUUACACUCCCGGUUCGGGCUCUUUGCCUCACCACCAUUAUCCGAGCCGGCUGCCCGGGACCAUUUGGAGCUUCACUCACAUCAGGAAGGUGGGAGGCGGCCUGGAGACGGUACAGGGACCCGGCGUGUCUUGGACCCACCCGGACGGAGUCGGUGUUCAGAUCGACACCAUCACUCCCGAGCUGCGGGCCCUCUACAAUGUGCUGGCCAAAGUGAAGAGGGAGCGGGAUGAGUACAAGAAAAAGUGGGAACAAGAACUCAAUCUCAGACAGCAUCUGCAAGAAAUUGUGGCUGCACUACAGGUGGAUUCUCAGGAAGCUGAAGCCAUUCAGAAGGAACUCAAUGAAAAAGUGGAAAAGUUGAAGUCAGAGCUAGUUGUGUUUAAGGGCCUGAUGAGUGAUGUAAGUACUUUACAGCAAAUGUCCGACUUGGAUACCAAGAUUCACGAGAAGGCUAUGAAAGUGGAUAUGGAUAUCUGCCGGAGGAUUGACAUCACUGCCAAACUCUGUGAUGUGGCACAGCAGCGAAAUUCUGAGGACAUGAGCAAAAUGUUCCAGGUGACAACUGUCAGCAAAAAGAAAGAGAAAAAGCCAGCAUGUGAUGAUGAGAGCUCAGAAACUGAUGGGGAUACCACACGGCACUCUGAUGAUGAUGUCAGCACAUCCCUCAAUAUAACUGACGAAAUGAAGCGAAUGCUCAAUCAACUGCGAGAGACAUUUGACUUUGAGGAUGACUGUGACAGUUUGAGCUGGGAAGAAAAUGAAGAAACCCUACUGCUUUGGGAAGAUUUUGCUGAGUACACAGCCAUUGUGGAACCUCCAUCAGAGGAUGAAACAUUGGAAACAGUGAUCAAAGAAACGGAAUCGCUUUUCAAAACUAGAGAAAAGGAGUAUCAGGAAACCAUUGACCAAAUAGAGCUGGAGCUGACCAGUGCCAAAAGCGAUAUGAACCGCCACCUCCAUGAAUACAUGGAAAUGUGCAGCAUGAAGCGUGGCCUCGAUGUGCAAAUGGAAACCUGUCGUCGGCUCAUUAAACAGUCAGGAGGCAGAAAAUCCCCUUCAUUCAGCUCUGCAGCAAGCAGUGACUCAGGGAACACAGAUGAAAUCACUGAUGAAUUUGAGCGAGAUGGUGAAGGUGAUGGUUCUGUGAGCUGAUGAAUGGAUACAUGUGAAAUGGACUCGACCUGCCUGUACCUACAGCAAUUACCUUUUAACCCUAUUUUUGUUAGGGUGCAAGGGGCUUUUUACAUGUACAUAUAGUCAAGCCCUGAGCAUUGGUGUUGUACAGAACAGUACCAUCAGACAGAAUUGGAAAAACAUUGAGGACUUCAACUGGUGCAGAAACCCACCAUGAUGUUGACUACUAUGCAAGUGGCUUGCCUUACAUAUCAAGAGCCUUCACCUCCCUGGGGGAAACGAACUCCGCAGCAUUUCUGAAAGAGAACUAAAGUAUCUUUUGAAAUGCACGUGGUAGCUGUUAAUAAUUAUAGAAUGGGUUAAAGGAGUGGUUUAUUUAUUAAGUGUGUUCAUGUUAUUUGACAGAUGGGAUCACUGGCCAUUCUGGGUUUCUACAGGUCUUUGAUGUAAAGAAUUUGAAUCUGAUUAAUCUGCUGUAACUGCAUAAGCAAUCGCUGAAACAGUUUGAACUGUUUGGCAUGGUCUAUUCAUUAUGCACUGAAAGUUAUGAACGUAAACCUCGAUUGUCUUUAUUCUCUGUAAACUGAUGUUGCUAAAGGGCUGGAUUAUUGUGACCUGUAAAGAUUCAUUGUUUCCCUGGGCUGUAUUUAAUAUCUUAAUACUGCCAGUGUCGUAUUUGGGCAUAAGUUAUGAUAGAAUUUGUGUAAGGUGCUCUUCAUUUCUGAAUAAUUGGAUUAAAUUUAUAAAUCGGAAACUGGAUAAUUUAUCCAAUUGCUUAACCAUUACUCCCACAAGAAAUAAAAUUCAGACAACCAUAAUGUAAUCUGGAGCACCUCGAUUUUUACCUUUUUUCUGAAUUGUUGGGCUUCACUUCUAUGCUGUGUGGCCCUGAAAAGAAGCUAAAUGGAAUCUGCCUUAAAGUUGAACAGAAUGAAAAUAUAUGGGAGUAAGUGAUCCUGUGACCAUGAAUAAAUGAUGACUUUGGUGCUUCUGUUCUGUAAAUUUGGCAUUUAACAUCGAUUGCAAUCCUUAGAAUCCUUCUGCAAUUCAGUUUUAAACAAAACAUACCUCAAUGUCCUGAUUGAAAGGAGAUGUUCUUUAUGGAUAACAUUAGUUUUUAAAAUGUGUUCUAAUAAAUUAUCCAUUAACCAGCAGCAACUUCAUAUGGGUUGAAAGAUCCCAGAACCAGGCAACACCACGGACACCUGAGCUUGAGCUUUUGUCUCGCAAGCAGGAUAUUCCUGUCACAGCAGUUUUAUUCUAUCCACAAGUGGUGAUGCUUGGCACAGAUGUUAUUUAAUUGCUGUCUUUUGCCCUUUAUCAGUUUAGCACACAUACUAGCUCAGUUUGUAAAGUGAACACUUGAUUGCAUUACCUGGGAUGUAUCAGUGUUAAAAUGAGGAGGCUUGCACAUUGCCAGUGCUGGAAUCUGACCAUGGUGUAGAAUAUGUUGGCAUCAGUAAAAACCUGACUCGGAAAUGUUGACAAAAAGAAACUGCUGUUCUUAACCUAGAAAAUGAUUAAGUAUAUUUGAUUUUUAAGUGCCCUCCACCUUCCCAUUUGAAUUUUAUAUAUUUUCUCAAAUUCUUCAGCACAUCAAUUUAGUAAGUGGCCUCCCACCAGUCUUCAUCCCGGCUAAUUUUGAGAUGAUGUUUGGUCGGUUUAUUCCAGCAGCUUGGAUAACCAAAUCUCUGAUUUAUUUUUACCUUAGUUUUUGUGGAAUGCCUCAUCUGCUUCAGAUUUUUAUCAGCAUGUGGUCAUAGGAAGACAAUUUCAGUGAUUGGGUGAAGUUCUGGGAAUGAAGGUUCUACUUUUGUACAUACUCCAAGACUUUCCUAUCUAAAGCUAUAUAUAGGAAGGAGUGAGUGUUCUGUGGCGAACAAUCCCUGAAGCCAAUUAUUGCUUGAUAUGGUCUCAUUUUUCAAAUCACUAUAGAAUUCCAUUCUUUCUCUUGAAACUACAUUUUGAUGACAAAAUACAAUGGUAGUGAAGGACUGAGUGGUGUAGUCAGUUUUAAAUACUGUCCUGUCACUCGUACAUUCUGCUUCAAAUGCCAUAAUUGACUAUCUCAGGCCAUAAUAAAUAAUGGUUUUUAAAAAAGUAAAGUUGGCACUGAUGCCACAGUUGGUACAUUGCUGCAGUUGGGGGGCCUGUAUGAAGGGAGAAUUGCUCUGGUCAGCAGAAAGAGCUUUACUCUGCAUCUGAUUUGUUCUGCAGUUGCCCAAGGAAUAAUGCUAACGCUGGUGCCAAAAUGGAAAAACAGUUUAGUAACUUUUCAAUCCGUCCCCUUGGCAACCAUUGAAUUGUAAGAAUGUGAAAAGACCCAACAAGCUCGUUCCUUGCAUUAAGUGUAAUGGUAGCUAGAAUUAAUAAAUCUACAAUUUACCCAUUCUGUUAUGGAAGUACCAUUAUUUACAUGUGAUGCUUGAAUGGAGUAUAACUGAAGAGACCUGGAGAAAGGCUAUUUCGCACUACAGAUUUUAUAGUCUUUAAGAUACCUGUAUUGGUAUUUCUGUAAGUGAAUGGAGCAGCUGUAUUGAUGCUUCCUUCAAGAAUGGGUGUGAUUUGACAAUCCAGGAGAACAAAUUACUUUCUCCUUUUAACCUCUAUUAGUGUAUCUGAGUAAUCUAUCUUUAUUAAAAUUUAGAUCUUAAUUGGCAACUUUAACGAGAGUAAGUAAGUAACUAUCAACCUCUUAUGUCUUACAACUAUCUCAGUAUAUGGGUGGAAUAAUUUUAGAAAUAUUUGUUUCCAUCCACUUGAACCAUGGUGGCCUGUUUACUUUUAUUGAUCCUUAAGUCAACCUAACCACUUGGACGACCGUUUUCACAGUCAAAGCUUUCAUCUAGUGUGGUUGGUUCUGGUGAAACUUUUAUAAAAAAAAAGCUUUUGUUAGAAUGUCACUUGGCUUUUGAUGGUCAACAUAUUUUGUCAUUAUUGUAUAGUAGUCACUUUAAAGAAUGAAUCAUUUACUGAGCUACCUGUGAGCAGAGCAAAGAUCAGUAAAACUGAUGGUCAAAAACAAAUUCAUGUUUGAUCAUGGUUUCAAUGCCCAGGUGGCAUAUUGUAUGUCUCUGACCUGCCCCUCCUGAGGCCAGUCCACUGUAUGGGACAAUAUUCUAUCUUUUUUUUCCGGGAGUUAGGUUUAGCAAUUUGAAAGUAUUGUAAAUAGUUGGAAUACUUUUAUUUAAGUAAUUCAAAGCAAUUGUCUUGACACUAAAUCCCAGAAUUAGAAUAUGUUAAAUGUAUGCUGAAACGAUUAUUUGAUGGCGCAGAGAUGAUGCAGCGUUGAUUUGGUAUCUAAUCAGGAUGCGGAUUAUACAAAUCUCUCGUGCUCAGAAAGCUCUGAAAAUAAAUUCCACACGCCAAGUUUUGUUUUGGUGGUGAUGGUCUGUGCAGUUAAAGACUGGGGACUGUUGCAUGUUAAAUGGAUUUGACUUGGCAAUGUGUCCCCUCCCAUUCUGGGUGCAAUUUAUUCUGACUACAACUGGCUUCCCGUGGUUGCCUAUAUUUUUUUCUGUUUCAAGUUCGUACCCAUGCCAAGGGGGUGGCUUUCUUGUGGUUAUUAAAUCGAUUGCUUUGCGGAACUUUGUUUCCUCGUUGGCAGGGCUGUUCAGAGUUAAUGUGAAAAGGGUUUAGAUGCGACAAAAUAAUCUGACUGCUAUUUUCUUGUCACUUAAAAGAUGCUAGCAUUUUAGUUUUGUUUCUCUUUGGAUAUUUGUAACGACGGAGAAACAAGAUCUCCGAUUGGCUGCUGAGUUGAAACUGAAAUGUCAAUAACGCGCGCUAAUUGUCGCGGCUAUCGCCACCAUGUGGCGAUGUACAAAUCGUAACUUGGGAGUUUUCUUAUGCAUUAACUCGGCAUCAGCCAUUUUAUUUAUAAUCACAGUAUAUUGUGCAAAUAUGGAUGUGUGCUAAUUUAUUUCAAAGUGUGAAUGGGACACCGACUUGCUUGACUGACUGUCAGCCACGAGGGAUCCCAUAAAGUUAUAUCCAAGGUGCAAAAUUGUCAAUUUAUUCUCAGUUAAUACCUGUAUGGAAUUAAACUGCAAAAGGUCGCAAUAAAGUGGAUAAUUAAUUUACUUCGUGUUUGCAGAUACUGCAGCUUUCUAUUAUCAGGCGAUCAUGACGUUGGGUGGGAAAAGUAACAUCUCCCAAGUGUGCAAUUUCUGGUGUCCGGUUACAGUCGCUCUUGGAUUUGACGCCGUUAGUUGGAUUACGCUUGUCCUUGUGCUGCAACAAUUUUGCAUCGAUUUUGUUUCUGCGGCUGUUUUGUAAUUUUGAUUUUUUUUUAAAAAAGCAGCUGCCGAUAAAUUGCUGUCGUGUUGAAUGGAUCGCAUUAAACGUUAAUUUAAUAAAUAGUAUUGGAGUUGGCAAUUUACCCUCGAAUAGGGGCGUUUUGGGGAAAAGGGUAGUGAAAUUGUGCUUUAAAAAGGAGUAAAUGUACAUUUUCUCAGCAAAUCCAACGGCUGCCAUCCUGUGGGGAUGUUAAAUCACUGGCAUUGCCUGACUGCAGCUGAAUUUUGUUAGCGAUUUCUGAUAGUAAAUGCCCAACUUUGAAAGGUUAGAAAUAUUAAAAUGAUAUCUUUGUCA